UUUCUGGUUUCGCGCGUCCUUUCUGUCUCUCUUGCGCCUCCGUAGUUAUGGUUCGUUCAGUUUUCCGGACCGUGUGUUGUUUAGUUAACGUUAGCUAGCCUACCUCAUAACGCCAAACGAAUUGUAAUGGUAACGUGUAAGAGGUGAUUUUAAACAACGUUUUAAACAUGUCAGAGAAAGGUGAAGUGGAUUUAACUGGUGCUAAACAGAACACGGGCGUGUGGCUGGUAAAGGUGCCCAAAUACCUGUCCCAGCAAUGGGCCAAAGCAUCAGGCAGGGGAGAGGUGGGGAAACUCCGGAUCGGGAAGAACCAAGGGAAGGCAGAGGUGGAAUUCACUCUGAACGAAGACCUGACCAUGAUUGACAGCCUCGGGGACAAGCCAUCGGGAGUGCAGGCCCCCAGGGACCACCCGUUCACCAUGCAGACUGUAGGAGGACAGACCCUGGCCGUGUUCACUGAGACCCAGUCAGAGUCAUCUAAGGGCCAGUCAGAAGAGAGAUCUGAUGGCAGCACCUCAGUUUCGGGGGCGGGGUCAGGCCCAGAGAGGAUCUCCCUGGAGGGCCUGGUGGUGCAGAGAGCAGAGUGUCGACCCGCUGUCAGCGAGAACUACAUGAAACUCAAGAGACUGCAGAUAGAAGAGUUAUCCAAGCCAGUGAGAUUGUCUCAGCAACUAGAGAAGGCUGUUACCACCAACUACAAACCAGUGGCCAACCAUUCCUACAACCUGGAGUACGACAGGAAGAAGAAGGAGGAAGGGAAAAGAGCCAGGGUCGACAAACAGCAGGUGUUGGACAUGUUGUUCUCAGCUUUUGAGAAGCAUCAAUAUUACAACAUCAAGGACCUGGUCGACAUCACCAAACAACCUGUGAGUUACCUGAAAGAGAUUCUGCGUGACAUCGGCAUCUACAACGUGAAGGGAACCCACAAGAACACGUGGGAGCUGAAGCCAGAGUACAGACACUACCAGGGAGGAGAGGAGGAGGAGAAGGAGACCAACGACUAGCCUGGUCUGGGGCCCCACCACUAGGAGAAGGACGACUAGCCUGGUCUGGGGCCCCACCACUAGGAGAAGGACGACUAGCCUGGUCUGGGGCCCCACCACUAGGAGGGCGACGAGCCUGGUCUGGGGCCUCCCUAGAGAGCGUCGUUUUGGUUUUUAUAGACUUGAAAAUGUUUUUUAAUGAUGUAGAGAAAUAAAGUUGUCAAGCUACUGAUGUGUUGGCCAGUUAGGACCCCGGCCCUAUACUACAUGUCGGUGAAGUCCCACCCUAUUCCGUGCACUACUUUAAACCAGGACCCUGGUCAAAUUUAGUGUACUAUUUAGGGAAUAGGGUGCCACUUUGGGGACACACUUGAAGGAUUCCUACUAUUCUGAACAGUGAGGUGCUUUAGGUUUCAUCUCACCUGGGCCACUAUGGCUUUUAUGCCUGUGGGGGGGUAGAGAGUGUUUGGUUUACAGACACACGACAACCAAGGAUCAAUACGUACAAGUUGUUUAUAAAAAAAAAGUGAUUUUAACGACUUCUGGAAUAAAAUAAACAUGUUUUUGUAAAAAAAUUAAAAUAAA